ACUGGCACGAGGACAGCUCCAGUUACCAAGGGACACUGCUGUCGCUGACAAGCGUUUUGAAUUCGAGUCGAGCAAUAAUCUCAGACUGCUGGAUAGCAGGUUCUGCAUAGAAAAUGAAAGCAUAUUAGUUCAGUUGGGAAGGUAGAGAAAAAUGGGGAGGCUAUAUCCACCGAGUCCGCGCACUCUUUCUCUUCUUUUCCUCCUCUUUGUUUCUAGCUUUGCAGCUUCGUCAGAAGCUGCGGCAACAUCAACAAGGCUAGCUCAGAAGGGAUGGCCUGGGUUUCUCUUCACAAGAACUAGAGGAAGAUGCACUCCCCUGUACUGGAGCAGCAGGAAUGAGGCGUGGCCGAGGAUGGUCCCACAGGAAGCAACAUUGUCUAAGGUGUUCGGAUGGAGGGCGAGUGAACGCUACAGAUCUGAUCUGACUCUGUUGGAAGCAACAGCGAGAAAAGACGAGGAGAACGCUUUCCACAGGUUGCUGAAGCAGGGGACUGCAUCGCUGCUCAAUUCAUAUGCCAGAAAGGGUUUUCCUUACUCGGCUUGGGAGAUUAAGACUUUGGUUUUACAAGCACUGGUGUCGGAAGAGGCUGCAGUUCGUCAAGCUCAAGGUUUCUCUGUUGCCAAUGAGGCCUGUAGCUAGUGUGUUAUUAAACCCAUGUUUCUGUCUGUGUUUUGUUUUUUGAGAAGCCUUUGUUUGGUUUUGUGGAUUAAUGCACAACAGCCUUUUUUUUUUUUUUUUUUUUUUUUUUUUUAUGGGUCUAGUGUUUGGUGUUGGUCUGUCUAUAUUUUGGGAGUCCAGCAAUGGUGAUGUUGGAGAUCUUGUAUCAAAUCAAGCAGUGCGUACAAAAAUUUCCUAUAUACUGUUAAUGAUUGCGUUGGAUUGAUAUUCAGUCAUUGAUCGGAAGUCUAAAACAGUAGUGAAAAAACAAAUUAAAAAUUAUGAAAUCACAGCACCGAACCAACCACACAAGUUAAUAAAGAAGAAAAAAAAAGACCACAUUUUAUUCAUUUUAUUGAAGGCUGCCUUCAUGCAUAUUUGUACACUCAGUUUAUACUACUCAAGUUUCCUCAAGAUGUUAAACAGCCUUCUGCACUCCAUUCUUACAAGAAGGGCUAGCUCUUAAUAGUGGCCUAAGGACUAGUACUAGUGGCAUUACUAAAACAAA